AUGAAGUUCUCGACUUCCAUCGUCUCUUUUUGCCUGGCAGCAGGAGGACUCGCUGCUCCUCAAAUCAAAUCAGACUCCCUCGCAUCCCGUCAAGUCACUGAGGACGGGAUCGCAGAGCUCUGCAAGGGCCCAGCUCCGAAAUACAUCCCUGCUCUUGCUGUGGCCUGCAAGCAGGGAGGGCACCUCAGCUCCCGCCAGGUUGCCGAGGAAGGCAUCGAGGAGCUUUGCAAGACCGAAGCUCCCAAGUACAUUCCCGAACUUGCUGAAGCCUGCCAAGAUGAGGGGCACCUCAGCUCCCGCCAGGUUGCCGAGGAAGGCCUCGAGGAGCUUUGCAAGACCGAAGCCCCCUUAUACAUCCCCGCUCUCGAUGCGGCCUGCCAACAGGCGGGACACCUUGCGACUCGUCAAAAUGACGAGCAGCUUUGCAAGUCCGAUUCUCCAAGGCAGUUCCCUGCUCUCUACAACUACUGCAAGAAGAAGGGUUAUUAG